AUGGGCUGGAGCAUCAAACGCCCCACCCUCCGCACGCGCGAUGACGAGCGUACAAAAGCUGCGGAACUUACUCUUCGCCAAUCAAUCUAUCCCCUCUUCCUUGUGACAAUCCUCUUUUUUCUAUGGGGCUUCUCCUACGGCCUAAUCGACACGCUGAACAAGCAUUUUCAAGUCACCCUGAACAUCACACGUGCACGCUCUUCCGGUCUCCAAGCAGCCUACUUCGGCGCAUACCCGCUUGCCUCGUUGGGCCACGCAAACUGGCUCCUGCGGCACUGGGGCUACAAGGCCGUUUUCAUCUGGGGGCUAUUUUUGUAUGGAGUGGGCUCUUUGUUGGCCUGGCCGUGCCUCGUAUAUCGCAGUUUUGGCGGAUUUUGUGCAGCCAUUUUUGUGAUUGGAAAUGGUCUGGGAAGUUUGGAGACGGCGGCGAACCCCUAUCUUGCUGUUUGCGGACCUCCUCGCUACUCGGAGAUCAGGAUCAACAUCGCUCAAGCGUUCAAUGGUAUUGGAACGGUGGUUGCGCCUGUGCUGGCGAGUUAUGUAUUCUUUGUGAAUACAGGAACGGAUGAAGACGAUUUGGCCAGUGUUCAGUGGACUUAUUUGGCAAUUGCUUGCUUUGUCUUUCUGCUGGCUGUGGUAUACUAUUUCUCGCCCAUUCCUGAAAUCACAGAUGCCGACAUGGCCUUCCAAGCCGAAUCUACGCACGCAGGCACAGAUGCGCUCAAGUUGCCAUCGCAGGUGCCUUUAUCAACUACGUUACCGAAACUCGCCUCACAUCCUCGGGACAGCCCACGAGCAACGCCGAGGCCUCGCGCUUCCUAG